AUGGACAGCAUCCAUGAAGAUUUUUGUACGAGUCCGUACUUUGAGUUAGAGAAAGAAGAUGAUUUGUAUGAAGAAUUUGCUGUCGGAUUUCCCAGGAUCAAUUCCAGUCAACAAAACAUAUACGUAACUACACCAACACAAACAAGUCGAUACGAAAACGUAUCCGAUUCCUGUGGCUACGAAAACGUUACACCGACGACCCAACAGAUGUCUGUUUGCCCCCUUUGUCGUUCAGCUCUGAAACACCCCUCCGCCCCAUGUGCUUGUACUAAUGUAUACGAGGAGCCACUCACAGAGUCAGUACCCCAUUCUGAUGACUAUACCAUGCCAAAUGAUUGGCACUCCUCUAGUGCUAACCCUGACUGUGACAUCACAUCAGAAAAUGAUGAACCACCGAGUAGGAUGGGUACGGAAACUCUCGAUGCAGUGUACGAACUUGCAACUUGUCCUUUUAAAGUGCCUAAACCAAUUCGAAAACCAGUCACAAGGAGUUACUCGGACGCCAGUUCUCGACCUUUACCAAAACUUCCGUUUAGCACCUUUACGUUACCAAGGAAACGGUGCACGAGUUCCUCCGGUGAUGAUAGUAGCGGUUACUAUGAGAGCAUCGAGUCAGACGACGUAAGUAGCAACGGAUACUCUGACGUUGCUGGAAGUUCUGAUAUACAAAGUUUACAUAGCAGUAGUGAUGGUUUCCAGGAUAUGUCGUCACAGGAAGAAUUUGAUUACGAAGAGUUCAGUUUCCAUGGCAAUACGACGCCACAAUCCAGACGAUACAGUCUCGGAUCAGCAACUCCAUCGUCUGCUUCAAAAUCACUUAGGAAAAGGGACGUAACUCUAAGUCAUAAUGAACAUCUCGACAAAGUGCUAUCUGUUCGGAGAUCUGGCAGUCGUCGUGGUCAGAUUUUCAGGUCUAUCAGGGCCAGGUCACUGUUUAAAACAAAAUAA